GCAAAUAUUUUCUUCAAGUUGUUAAUGACACAAAUGGCAGUGUUCUGGCGAAUCAGUUCUAUUUCAAAGUACUUCGAAUAGAAGUCAGUGACUAACAGGUACGUUUGGCCACCAUAUUGAAACAGGUCAGUCCCAACAACUUGCCAAGGUAAUCCUGGAAUGUCAUGAGGAUGUAAUGUCUCUCUCUGUUGUCGGUUGCGGAAAGCAUUACAUACGGCACAGGAACUGACUCUUUCUUUGAUUUGGGCAGUCAUGGAAGGCCAGAAAACAUAAUCCCUCGCAAAGGAAAGGCUUUUGCUCUCUCCCAUGUGAGCUCCAUGAAUUUCAUCUAACACUUCAGCUCUCAAUGGUCUUGGCACCACAAUUCUGUCUGAUUUAAAUAACAUGCCAUCCUCGACACUCAGUUCUUCUCUGAAAUUCCAAUAUUCACGGGCAAGUUCAUCAACUUGUUCUUUCUCAGAGGGCCAGCCUUUCAAAACGUACUCCAUCACCACUCUUGAUGUCUCAUCAGCACUUGAGCUGUCCUUGAAUCUCUUCAGGGUGCUGCUUUCUAAUCCAAGUUCCUCAACAAGAUUAACUCCGAUUACAUCUUGGGUUCACUGAACGGUUCAGUUUCACUGAGAGGUGCUCUGCUAAGGCAGUCUGAAAUGACCUGCUGUUUUCCGGGGACAUAACGCACCACAAGGUCAUACUUAGUGAGUUUGAGCAACAUCCUCUGUAGCCUGGGAGGGGCCUCAUUCAGUGGUUUCCGAAAGAUUGACUCCAGCGGUUUGUGGUCUGUCUCAACAAUAACUCUGCGCCCAUACACAUAUGUGUGAAACUUUUGCGCUCCCCAUACAAUUGCUAACAGCUCUCUUUCAAUAUUUGCAUACAUCUUCUCUGGGGGAGUCAAGGUCUUUGAACUGAAGGCAACUGGUUUGCCCUCCUGCAUGAUCACUGCACCAAGGCCUGUGCUACUGGCAUCAACACUUAGCACCGUUUCUUUGCUGUUAUCAAAGUAUGCUAACACCGGCGCACUAGUGAUGACAGACUUGAGCUUAUCAAAAGCCUCUUGUUGUGGUUUCUCCCACACAAAUGCGACAUCUUUCUGGGUAAGCUGUGAAAUUGGCUCUUGUAGAUUGGCUUUGUGUUCAAUGAACUUGUCUAGGUAAUUGACAGUUCCUAGUAUUCUAAGUACACCUUCUUUGUCAGAAGGAGGAGGCAUCUCACUGAUCGCGCGGAUUUUAUCAGGGUCAGGUUUCAAUCCUUCGGCCGAGAACACAUGUCCAACAUAGCUUACUUCAGGAACACGAAGUUUCACUUUCUUUGGAUUGAACUUCAAUCCUACUUCUCUGCUUCUAUCCAGUACUCUUCUCAACUUCUGAUCAGCAUCGGUUUGAUCUUUACCAUGAAUCAGGAAAUCAUCCACUAUAAUCUCCACAGGAACCCCUUCAAAGAGUUUGUCCAUCUCCCUUUGGUAGAUUUCAGGGGCAGAAGAGAUGCCAAAAGGGAGUCUUGUAAAUCGAUAUCGACCCCAGGGGGUAUUGAAUGUUAAGAGCUUUGAGCUUUCAUCAUCCACUGGAAGCUGCCAGUAUCCACUGCAAGCAUCAAGGGACAUGAAACUCUUCGCACCCGAUAAUCGGUUGGCAACCUCCUCUACAGUAACCAUUGGAUAGUGUGGUCUCUUAAGAGCUUUGUUUAGGUCCCUUGGGUCAAUACAAAUUCGAACAUCAUUCUUUGAGAGUGGAGUGUUUUCUUUCACUUUUCGUUUGUCAAUCACUAGCAUAGAUGAAACCCAAGGGGUAUGUUCCUCUUCUUUAACAAUAAUCCCAUCUUCUUCCAUCUCUGUGAGCUUCUCUCGUGCUGGUUCAAGAAGUGCAAUUGGAAUUUUUCUGGGAGGAUGUACCACUGGAGGAACUGACGGAUCAACUUCCAAAUGUACUUUGUUAGGUAGCUUGCCAGGUUUAUCACUAAAACAAUCUUUAUAAUCCUGCAACACAGGAUCGGUUUGGAAGAAACUUGGCAUUUCUUGCUCUGGUUGUUUGGACUCUGGAGUAGUUAUCAGUUCAAGGUUCAUAAACUCAAGGACGUCUAAGUCUAAACAAGCAUCACAACCCAGCAAUGGUGUAAAAUUUCCAUCAACAACAAGAUACAACAGGUUAAGUUCACGACUCCCAUAACAAGUUGGAAGCCUCACAGAGCCCUUUGGAUGGAUGGGUUUAGGGGCAAGCCACCCCUUCAAAGGUUGCUGAAUUUUCUGAAGAGGUUUGCUUGUGAUUUCCUUGUACAGCUUAUAGGGAAUGACUGUAGCUUCUGCACCAGUAUCUGCUUUGAACUGUACAUCUUUCCCAGCAAUUUUAACAGUAAUCAAGCUCCUAGAUUUCUUUCGAAAGUGCGGAGACACUAUCCAGCUCAACUGAUCCAAAAUAUGUGUGCACAUCGUGAUUCAUUGGAGGCUCAUGUUCCACAGCUGCAAGUUGUGAACCUUCAGCACUUAAUUCCUUGCACACUUGUGCAAAGUGUCCUUCCUUCUUACACUUGUUGCAUUUCUUUCCUAGAGCUUGGCAGCGAGGUGGCUGAGUAAAUGGGUGCUUGUAACCACAAAAUUUACAGUUACGAACGGGUGUCUUUUCUUGAACCUUGACUUUCCUGAGAGGAUGAAGUGAACGUUCGAACCCGCAACUGUUGGUGUAUUAAACUUGUAUUUCUGUAGUUCGGCUGCCUCGAAUAUACGGCAAUAAUCAUGAGCAGUUUGCAGCGUUAAAUCUGGUUUCUUCAGCAGUUCACCUCGUAAUUGCCUGACAAAACUCCUCCCACAAUACGAUCACGAAUGAGCGAAUCUCGAAGGUCGCCAAAUUCACAAGUUAACGACAGUCUUUUCAGUUCACUGACGAAAUUGUCAAUCCUCUCACCUUCCUUCUGGUUUCGCUGAUUAAACACCAGCCGCUCAUAAAUUACAUUUCUAGCACCCUGGCACAAUUCCUCGAAUUUGCGACAGACAUCUUGAUAGGAAUCUUUGUCUUCUUCAUCGGUAAACACAAAGUGACUGUACUCUUCGAUAGCUUCUGGUCCAGCACAAUGUAACAACAUAUUUACCUUGAGUUUGUCCGCUUUCUCAUCUUUACCUUUCGCAACAAGGUAAAUCUCAAAUUGCAUGAAAAAUUUCCUCCAGUUCUCGGCAGCAUUCGCGUCUAGGAGCAAUGGACCUGGCAUUCGAGAAUCUCGCUCGGCCAUUAUACAAGAGACAAAAAUACAACUCAACAGGAAACUUGUUUGUCCCAUCAACUCGUCCAAUAAUUUCUCACAGUUCGGCGGGGCAGAUAACCACUGUUAUCCCACUUCUGACACCAUGUUAUAAGAUCAUUCAAUGAAGCUAAAUUCAACAACUUUAUAAAGACUAUUCUAACAUGUUCGAGUCCCGAGCAAGUCAAAAACACAACGCACGCGGUUCCCCGUUUUCGGGGUGCGCAUGUAAGUCAGUCAGGGGCCCCUAAGGGGGAUCCCCACAGGUUUCAAUGUUACAACAGAGACUACAGAAUUUUUCCUGUGCUUGAAAACUCAACUCUUCAUUUAUGGUACUUUUCUAUUAAAGAAGCACCCCUGAAAGUUUUCAGUAACCUUAUACUUAACAUUGCCAUUCAUCCAGAAACGUGAUUAUCUGUAGAGCUCAAAAGUGCCAAUAAUUAUUUAAAUCUCACUAACAGUUCUUCUUGGACUUCUGCUUUUGAUAAAAUGUAAAUAUAGUGUAUCGUAGCUAGCAGUUUCUGCCACUUUUAAGUGAUGAAAUAAUGCACAGGUUGUAAGAAGAAAUUAAUAUCUAAAGUGAUUAUUUUGAAUACACCAGUUCUAAGGUUUCAUUUUUAGGAGAAAAUGUUAUCAAUUUUUUUUUUGUUUUGUCUUAGUUCUUUUUCUAGAGGAUAGAUCUGAUAAGUAAUUUCUCAAGGAAAUGGAAGAAUGUACAGGAAGAUUAAUGUAUUGAUUUUCAAAGGCAGUCAGGUAGCUAUUGAAUGUUUGGGAUGAGCAAGUAACUUGAUAGUGUAGUUUUUUUGCUGGAUAGCAUUAAAGUGAGUAAUGUAGUGUUUCAGAAAAUAUCCUUACCCUCCCCACCCAUGGGAGAAUUCUUGUUGAUUCAACAUCCCCUCCACACCUCCUCAAUAUUCUAAUUUAACCUUAUACUUGAUUUCAUUUUAAAAUGUUUGGUUGUGGAACCCCUCCCCUGAAAGGUUUCCCUUAUCUUCAUGGGUGGGGAUGGGUUGAUGGACAUUUCCUGGUAAAUGGACUUACAGUACUUGAUAACUUGUCUUUUGUGUACAUGUAUAUGUUUUUUUUCCAGUGAGUAAAAUUAUAGAGAAAUCUUUGUUAUGGUUUGUUCUUUACAGGAAACAUAGGGUUCCUUAAUGAAUGUCUUCAAAACAAGGUAAAUAAUAAUUUCUUACCAUUCUACUCCUAAGAAUCAAGCAAACUUUGAUGUGAAUUAUAAAAUGAAGAAUAAAUUUAAAAUAAAGCAGUGAUCCGCACUGUAUAUGCUUUAGCAGGACAAGGUGAUUGUAGCUAAAUAAUUUUGCCUUUGAGUGAAAAGAUGGGUGAUGUAGCGAGGUUCCAAUGUUUAACUAAUUUUAAUACUGAUCCUUCAAGAAACCUUUGUUUCCUUUAAAUUUCAAAGUGUCCUUUUGCACUGCCUUGAGGAACAUUGAGAUUCUAAGAAAACAGAAUGAAAUGUCUCUUUCAAGACCAGUAAUUAUCUACGCCUUAUUUGAUGACUUGACAGGUGUCAGUCAAUGGUCUAGACAAGUCUGGCUCCACCCCUCUUCACUGGGCAGCUCAAGGAGGUCAUACAGGUAAGACAGUCAGUUUUGUGUUAUUGCCUUAAGUAUAGACUGAGAAAACUGCCAAGAUAUUGCGUCGCCACCACUGGUUUCCCCACAAAAUGAUGCCCAAGCAACGAUGUCACUGCAGAAAUGCGUCAAUAUCCAGACCUGGGUAGUGCUUCUGAUUGGUUAAAGCAAAUUUCUGUCACGGCACAACCAAUCAGAAGCACUAUGCUGAUCUGGGUGGUGACAUGUCUUUGGUAUGGAAUUUCUGCAGGCAUUCCUCAGGCAUCAUUUUGCGGGAAAAUCAGUGGUAACUUCGCAAAAUAUUGGCUGUUUUCUCUGACUACUUUAGAUGUAAGGUAUCAUGAAUAAGCAAUAAAAUAUUCUGGAAAAUUUUGCUGGUGAUAAAUGCAGAUAACUCUGAUGUAGUGUAAAAUGUAUUCAUACAUAGCCACAGUGUGCACGUCAUGUAUCUUUGGAGAAUAUGAUAAGCAUCAUUAUUAAAAACUGAAUCAUUGGAUAAUGCAAUAAUAUUACAGAGCUCUGAUUAUCUUAGCCAUCAUGGUAUAUGAGUCAUUACAUCAUGCUCUCCAAAUGUGGUAACUGUACGCGUCUGCUCAAAGUUAAAAAAAAGGUGAAAAUUGGAUGUUUUUACCAAUAAAGUCAGGAAGAAUUCUCAAUAUUUUGUGGGCAUUUUUAUUUAAACAAUAUUCCACUCGCGCUUGUUGGAUAUGAGAUGAUUAUAGCCAACUUGGCACUAUGGGCCUCGUUGGCUAUCUACCAUCUCAUAUCCAAUGCACACUCAUGGAUUAUUGUUAAUUAUGAUAUCACAGCUGCUAUUGUGAUAAUGGUGCCAGCUCUCCAUAAGAGCAUUUAUUACUCAUUCAAAUAUUUAUCUGUUUGUGAUUGGCUAAAAUCCCAUACUUCAUCAUAACCAGCUACCGUUGACCAAAUUUGGAACUGUUUAAUUGUGAUGUGUGAAAAAUGACAUCAAUUGUGCGGCACAGAGAGAAGACAACUUGAUGGACGACAUCUGCCAUUUGGAGAAUAUUUGCAGUACUGAACAACCCUGUAUCUCCUAAACUUAUCAAUAAACAGUCUUGUUUUUAAACUAGGAAUUAUUUUGAGUGAAUGAUAAAACAAUCAUUUAUUAUUAUUGAAUUUGGCUUUCAUAUCAUCUGAAGAAUUAUGGAGAUCUGGAUAACACCCUCCAUCAUUCUUCAGAUGAUACUCAGCCUCAUCCAAUAAAGAUUAUUGUUAAAUAUUUAUACUCAGUUUUCUUAACAUCUUCACAACUACUUUCAUGUACAUUUUGAUGACCUGUUAUUGUCUUUUCUCAUGGUAGAAAGCUUCACUUAUCAUCUUUUUAUUUUGGCAAUAUGAGAAAUCCUGGUGCAAAUCAAUUUUAAUUUCCUUAAAUGGAGAUUUUUAAAUAGAAGAAAAUUGCCCUAAAUAUUGUCCCUUAAAUUUUCAUAUACAUGUGAGAUUAGGAAUACUAAUAAAGAGAGUAUUUGUAGUGAAGAUCACUCAUCAAAUGGAUUGCAAUAUUGCAAGAUGCAUGCACAUGCAUGAAGCUGAGAACCAUUUUGAGCGCCCUUAAUUUAGUUCAACUUAAGUGUACAAAAAUCUAUACCUGUGAAUAAAAUAUAGGCAAAACAUAUCUGAGGUUUGAACACCAACUGAUCUUUUUGGUACUUUAUUUAUGAAAAAAAUAUGUUUUAUUUAUUGUGUUUAGAAUGUGUAAAGGUCUUACUUGCACAACCAAGAAUACAGAUUUCAGUUCAGGUAAGGUUGACCAAACAGGCACAGAUUCACACUUUUCCCCUCGCGUUUUUUGAAAAUUCGAUGAAGAACCAACUGACAUUUUUUCUUCCUCUGUGACUAAUCUUAUUUAGUCUCUUUAGAGUUGAAAGAAAAUGUUUUGCAAUUCACUGGGAGAGCAGAAGCCAGUUAUCAAUAGUCGUGUCAUUUUCAACAGAUGUCCUGGAAAAUUGUAAUAAUUUAGUAUGUGUUUUGUGUUUCUUAUUGUAGAAUAAACUUGGAGAUACCCCAUUACAUUCUGCUUCAUGGAAAAGCCAUCCAGACAUUGUAGAAUUACUACUAGAGCGAGGUAAAGUUUUGUAUUUUUCUGUUCUUGCAAAUAAAAUUAGCAGAAGAUGAUUAUUUCUGUGAGGAUCACUAGGGCAGAUGUAGGGGUGGUUUGGAUGGUUUGUUCAAACCCCCUAGACUGAAAUGAAAGCAUUAAAACAUGACCUUUUUCUCACAUAAAACCUUGGUGAACGUACUGACAAACACUAACAAACCUCAAUAUACAUGGUAACUCUUUUAAAAAAAAUACUGUGAUAACAUUGCUGGAGGAGAGUCUUUUUUUGGUUUUAAAUGCCUUGUUGAUUCAAUUUUUGAGUAAUUUUUAAAGUGCAUAGACAAUACAAAUUUAUGGUCUUUUAACCCUCGGACAUACACUCAAAUUCAUACCCCUACCCUGGUACAAGGGGGGGUGGAUGUAAUCCCUCCCUGGAGUUUUUGAUAUGUUGCAGUAUUUCGAAACGAUUUUACCUUUAGUGGAAAGCCUUUGAUCUUCUUAACAAUAUGAGGUAUAUUUUAAGGGUGGUGGCACUGCUGGAGACUUGUGAUGUCACCAACAAUGGUUGCCAUCUUGGAUUUUACCAAGAAUUAGAAAUCAGGUUAAAACCGCGAGAAAUGUUAUUUUUUUGUGCUUUACAUGAAAAAUAACACAUAAAAAGCACUUUGCAUGAUUUUAGCCACAAGGUUUACUUUUACUGUUGAAGAAGUUGAAAAAACAUGUAGUUUCACAAAAAAUUGGCUUGACCACCUGGUACUUAUGACGUCAUAUUUCGUAACCAUAGCAACUGACCAUCACUAAACUUAUCUCGAAAUAUGCGUGAGGGAUGAAUGGACAGCUACUGAAAAUGUCAGGUGCUGAUGUUUUAUCCUCUAAGAAAAACCUUAGUGGGGGGUGGCAUCCACCCGCCCCCCUCCCUUGUACGUCUGAGGGUUAAGUUAUAUUUUCAAUAUUGUUCUCGAUUGUUGUAAUUUUUAAGAGUAGUAUGUGUUUAGAAUAGCUAAUAACAGAGGUAGUUUCAAAGGCAUGAAACAACCUACAAUUAUGCGUUAAAACUAUGGAAAUCGUCUGUCUGAUGACCUACAUGUAAAUUUCAAAAUUUUCCGGGGGAGCAUGUCCCAGGACCCCACUAGCUUGGUCUGUCUUUGGCAGACAUUUACCCGAACUCUGCACUAAAUCCUGGAUUUGCCCCAGGAUUACGAGGCUUUUACAAGUAUGGCAUAAUCAAUGUGAACAAAUGGUGGUUAAAAUUUCAUCAGCUUCUUAACCCUUGUUUACUUUGCAGGAGCAAGAACAGGUAUUCGAAACAAUGAAAAUCAGACGCCCAGUGAUCUUGCUCGAGACCCUGAUGUUGGUAGACUAUUAAGAGGAGCUGUAGGUGGGUGAAUUGGUUGAAAAUCGUAAGAUGGUAAAUGCCAUGUUCUAGCAGGGUUUUCAUUAAGAAUAUUAGUAGCAGGAGAAAGGUGUAAUGUUACAGGAGAAUAUUUUGAAAGAGGCCCAAAUCUGAGUAAAAAAUAGUCAUAAGCUAUGGAACAUUCGCCAGAGAAUUCAGCAUUGUAAACGGACAAUUCCCUGGUCUCCGAUGCCUAAUGAACACCCUGUUCUAGAUAUAAUAAGCCUUUCAGCCUCUGGUGCCUUUGGAUAACAAGGAAAUCUUGCAUUUUGCACAGAGCUUUAAGGCUGUGUGGCCAUGAUUUAUCAUGCUUACACAUUUCGCAUGUCAACCAUGAUUCAAAGGACAACCUUUAAUUUUUAUUCGUGGUUUAAAUUUAUAUUUUCCUUUGUUUUUCUGCAAAUAAAUUGAUUACUGUGCUUUGCUUUAUCCAAAAACGAAGUAAAAUAAGAUUUAAACAUUAUACCGGUAGCUAGACCAUCAGCAAGCAACUGAACACAAUGUGACUAAUCAUUGCAUUUUAUAACUACACCUGGAGACUUAGUGCCCAAAGACUGAGCCAUGGACCAGAUUAUACGGUGUAUGUUUACCCUAACUUUACGUCAUAACGGACAACUUGAAACUUGUAUCCAGACAGAAUUGCAACUUUGAGGUACACAGAUAUUUAUAAAAACCUAGACAAAGGAAACAAUGGUACAUUUACAUUACCAAAGAUGAAAAUUACUUGAACCAUGACAUAUCUGUGCCUUCAGUCAAAUAAUGUAAUAAACGUACUACUCGAACUGCAAGUAAUAAUAAUUACUUUUUUUCAUCUUUUAGAAGCUCCUGGGGCUGAUGAUUAUGGGGAAGAAGAAGACUCGGAUUAAAGAAAUACAUUUUAUACGACAAGAAAUUUUGUAAUUGUUUAGAAGUAAUUGUAGUUUGAACUGAUGGAAUUGGUCCCUGCUUAUGAAACCUGUCGUAAUAAGCUGUCUCCAUAUUGUUUCAUCCCACUCAGCAAACAAACAUUGACUGUGGCCGCACUUGGCAAGUUAACCGGGUUAAUUUUUGAAAAACCCAGUGAAAAAUUUUUCAGGAAGUAAUCUGGUUAAAAGAGUUUAAGUGGGUUAAUUUUUUUUUCAGCUGCCAGACUCAAUUUAGACUUUCAAAAAGUCACUCAAUGUUGCAUGGUUGCCUGGGUUGCUUAUACCACUUCCCUAAGAAUGACUGAAAAAAUUUGACUGGGCCGUAUUACCGAUGAAAAGCGGUCCACUUAUAAAAUGUCUUAACUCAAUUGUGUUAAGAAAGAAAAGCUGAACUUGGAGUGGAAGAAGUCAUUUUUAAAACUGUUUUGCUCGUGUGGGUGGUAAAACCAAGAUUUGGACCAUUCUCACGCAUAAGCAGAGGUGAUUUAGUAAUUGAUAAUGUUAACCUGCGUUAAACUACCUUGCAAGGUGGUUUAAAACAGCCAAAUCUAGUUAAGAAAACCUAUUGUUCUUGCUUGAUUUGCAUAACCCGGUUAGAACUAGGAUAAGACUGUAGAAUACCCGGCCGUACUCGCAGUUUGUUUUUAACAAGUUAACUUUAAUUUGUUAAUUGGAAAUAAGUUGGUUAAGUCCAAUAGUGUGGCCGCAGCUAUUAUAUUAACCAAUUACCAAGGUGUAGUAUUGCAUUGAGUUGAUCUCAAGGAUGAAGUUGUUGAAAAGGUCAGUAAUUUUUUUUAUUUACUGUAAAGGGAUUCAGUGGCUCUCUUAUUAAAGGGCUAGCCCUGAACUGGACCUGCCUGUUUGAAUGGAUGGCAUAGAUUAUAUUUUGUAGCUAAAAAUUAAAUUCGGUUAAGAAACAACCCAGGUUAUAUGUAAAAAAUCUUAACUUGAAUUUGAUUGUGACCCUAGCCCACUUUUUUCUUAUUAGCUGAGUUCAUAAAUUAAACCAUUUUGUCUUACUAUUUUUUUAUUUUUUUCAUUUUGCCAAUGUACACCACUGAUAUUUUUUUGUUUGUUUGACUUACUCAUACAUGUUUGGUUAAUAAUAUUGUUCUUACACAUUUUAAAUCUUACCUUUUUUCUACUCUGUACACUUAAACAAAACUGACUCCCUUUCCACUAAUAGCUGAUGUCAGUUUUGAAAUUAUUGUUAUCCUGUUCGCCACAAAAAUGGUGUGUGGCUAGAUCUUUUUAGCCCCUUGUCCUCUGAUUUUAUGGUUUCUGUUGUUUACUUUUGCCCUUAGUUUUGCGAAUGAACCC